AAACACUGCAUCAAGAUCGGGCGACAAUGGUAGGCGGCUUCGAAGUUGGAGCAGUUCCGUUCAAUCCAGACGGUUGGGGUCCGCCGGAAUCAACCACUGCCACGACUACUCUCCCAAUCAACGCCCCUUUCGCCCCAUUUUCUAGGUCUGAAAAGAUUGGCCGCAUAGCCGACUGGACCCGCAACUUCCCCACCGCCGCCGCCAACCCUUCCAACCGCCCAUCAGCUGGAAAGGGCGCCAACUCUGAUGCCCCCUUCGACUUCUCCCUCGACCUCGACGCUUUCCCCCAUGCCAACCCUGAUGACGACUCUUCAUUCCGCCUUGUGGAUGCCAAGCCCCCUCCUCGCCCCAAAUUUGGACCCAAGUGGCGUUUCAAUCAGAACCGUCCCCAGCUUCCUCAGCGCCGUGACGAGGAGGUCGAGGCCCGCAGGAGAGAGGCCGAGAAAGAAAGAGCACGUCGUGAUCGUCUCUAUAACCUCAACCGCUCAAACCAGAACCAGCCACGUCGUGAGGCUGCCAUUUUUAAGUCUUCAGUCGACAUUCAGCCUGAGUGGAACAUGCUCGACCAAAUUCCAUUCUCCACAUUCUCUAAGUUGUCAUUUUCUGUUCCUGAGCCAGAUGAUUUGCUUAUGUGCGGGGCACUAGAAUACUACAAUCGCUCUUAUGAUCGCCUCACACCGAAGAAUGAGAAGAGGCUGGAGAGGUUUAAGAAUAGGAACUUCUUCAAAGUAACUACCACUGAUGAUCCGGUGAUCAGAAGAUUGGCAAAUGAAGAUAAAGCUACGGUCUUUGCUACGGACACCAUUCUUGCAACCUUAAUGUGUGCACCCAGGUCAGUUUACUCGUGGGACAUUGUGAUUCAGCGAGUUGGGAACAAGCUUUUCUUUGAUAAGAGAGAUGGGUCACAGCUGGAUUUGUUGUCUGUGCACGAGACCUCGCAGGAGCCAUUGCCAGAGGCUAAGGAUGAUAUUAAUUCAGCAUAUUCGUUGAGCGUUGAGGCAGCAUAUAUAAACCAGAAUUUCUCGCAGCAGGUUUUGGUGAGGGAUGGCAAUAAGGUGACAUUUGAUGAGCCAAACCCCUUUGCAAAUGAGGGAGAUGAGGUUGCGUCCGUGGGCUAUAGGUAUAGAAGGUGGAAGCUUGAUGAUGAUAUGUAUCUUGUCGCCCGUUGCGAGGUGCAGAGUGUUGUCGAGGUUAAUAAUCAGAGGUCGUUCCUUACUUUGAAUGCUCUUAAUGAGUUUGAUCCCAAAUAUUCAGGUGUUGAUUGGAGGCAGAAAUUAGAGACACAGAGGGGUGCAGUUUUGGCCACGGAAUUGAGAAACAACGCCAAUAAGUUGGCUAAGUGGACUGCCCAAGCACUGUUAGCAAGUGCAGAUAUGAUGAAAUUGGGUUAUGUUUCCAGGGUGCAUCCCAGGGAUCAUUUUAAUCAUGUAAUUUUGGCUGUUGUUGGGUAUAAGCCAAAAGACUUUGCAGCACAGAUUAAUCUCAACACCUCCAAUAUGUGGGGAAUUAUCAAGUCUAUUGUGGAUUUGUGUAUGAAGUUGAAUGAGGGAAAGUAUGUUCUUGUAAAGGAUCCAUCUAAGCCUCAAGUGAGAAUUUAUGAGGUUCCUGCCGAUGCAUUCGAGAAUGAUUAUGUGGAGGAACCUUUGCCAGAAGAGGAGCAGGUUCAGCCACCUGCUGAGGAUGCUGAAGCUGGGGAGGCUAAUGAUGCCACUAAUGAUGUGACAGAAAAAGAACCUGAGACACAAACUUAAGCGUCAACCAGAGAAGGCAGAACCAGAUUUUGCUAGUUGCAAAACCAAUAUGUGAAACUGGUGUUUUCACCAGACAGCUUUGAGGUUUGUCAUCCGAAGCAUUAUUUAUCUCUACUUUUGAUUGAACAAAGGAGUUCUGUGAGAACUUUGUAGACUUGUAUGACCUUGGAACGUCAGCUCCAUGAUUGUCACUGCUGUUUUCAGCAAUUUACUUAUUCAGGAACUUCAUUUAGAUUUUAGCCCUUUGAUUUUUGCUUCCCAGCCUAUUCACUGUGAAUUAC